AUGUGCGCCGAAACUGAUGAUCUCUCGUUUUCCUAUCAAGAUGCAGCGGACAACGAUGGAGAUAAUAGAUCCGCCAUUGAAGACAAAAUCAAAUCUGGUUUUCUCUACGAGAUCGAUCAUAUACAGCUACCCCCAAGAACCCCAGUCCAACUCAAGUCAAUCCGAGUUGCUAUGGUUUGCGAGAAAACGGAGACGAAUGUAUCAGUAAGGUAUCCAAGCAUGGAAUCACUAAGAGCAUUUUUCAACUACAGCACAAGGGAAACACACCCAGCUUUGGACAAGAAGUUCGUGAUGGCGCCGGAGCUCGCAGCUAAAGUUCUUGUAAGAAUGGUUCCAGCGGAGGUAUUCUCUGAGAAGAAGAGCCAAGAAGUCUUCUGGCUGAUUAGCUGUUCAGCUUUUUCGGAUAAGGUUAAUGUUGCAGAUAACAAGGGUAAGUGUUUAUCAGAGCUGAAGGGGAGUGGGAUGCUAAGGUGGGGUGUGAGAAGGCAGGUGAAGUAUCUUGGUAGGCAUAAUAAGGAGGGUGAGGAUGAUUGUGUACAUGGCCACAACUCUUUUUCAAGUUUGGUUAAUAAAGCUGAGGAUACUCAUAAUAAUAAUGAGAAGGAUGAGGGUGGAGAAGAUGAUGAGUGGAAUGAGGAAGAUGAUGAUCAGGAGAAUGAGGGAGGGGAAGAGGAGGAAGAAGAAGAGGAGGAAGAAGAGGAAGGAGAGGAAGAAUCAGAAGAAGAGGAUGGAAAUAAGUCUAAAAAAGGUAACAAGAAUUUGAAACGAAAGAGAUACACAUUUAGAAACAAGGGUGUGAAGAAGCCAAAGAAUGAAAAAGUUGAGAUCAAGAAAAAGCCUAAGCAGAAGAAGUAUUCAGUCAAGAAGAACAAGGGAAAAUCAAGAUUCAAGGAAGCACUUGUAUUAAGAGAUCCAAAAGAUCGUUGGUCUGCUGAAAGGUACAAGCUUGCUGAGGAGAAUCUUUUGAGGGUAAUGAAAGCUAAAAAUGCGACGGCCAAGAAACCGAUUCUAAGGCCUCAAUUGAGAUCAGAAGCAAGGAAAAGUAUUGGUGACACAGGGCUACUUGAUCAUCUUCUUAAGCAUAUGGCUGGGAAGCUUGCACCUGGUGGGGAAGAGAGGUUUAGGCGGCGGCACAACCCGGAUGGAGCAAUGGAGUAUUGGCUAGAGAGUGCUGAUCUUGUGAACAUCAGGAGGGAAGCUGGGGUCACUGACCCUUACUGGGUACCCCCACCUGGUUGGAAACCUGGAGAUCCUCCAACUCAGGAUCCUAAUUGUGCUAAAGAAUUGAAGCUUUUAAAGGAUGACAUUUCCAAAAUAAAAAGGGAUUUGGAGCUGUUGGUAACAAAGGUGGAGUUGGAAGAAAACAUUAGGAAAUUAAGGAGUGAACUUGAAAAUUUUGCAUCCAAAAGGAGGAAAGAAAUGAAUCAAGAAAUGGAGUCAGCAUCUAACCAAUCUGCUCAGCAGGUGGCUGCUUCAUUGAUGAAGCCCCAAAAGAGUGAUUUUGACAAUGCACCAGUUUCACUGGAAGACUGCAAGAAACAAUUGAUGGGCAUAGCAGAUUGUUUGAAACAAAUAGAGGAAAAGAGGGGAAAGGCAAGACCCAAAUUAGAAGAAAGAGCAACAAAAGAGGACUACACAUUAAUGGUGGCAACAGAGACACAAGUAAAAAGCAAAGAACAACAGCAGGUACAAACAUUAAUGGCGGCAAGGGAAGAACCAUUAUUCAUACCUGGCAAAGAUCAGACCACCACCACUGCCCAAACUGAAGCACCACCUCCAAAAGCAGCAGCAGAAACCAAAAAGAUCAUGGCCACAGCACCAUCACCACCAGCAACAGCUGAGGAAAAAGCAGCCAAGAUACAAAGGCUGAAGAGUGGGUUCAGAAUCUGUAAACCCCAGGGGACUUUCCUCUGGCCUAACAUGGUCAAAGACAACAACAACAACAGCAGCAACAACUCAAGUUCUGGCAAGAUCAUGUCCCCCCAAGUUCUUGUCCAAGUUGAAGUCCCAACCCCACCCUCAGUUUCUUCCUCCACUGCUUUAGCUCCACCCCAGCUGCCUUACAACAACCACCACCCUGCCUCCAUUGUCAAGCCACUGGCUGAGAAACGCCCAGUUACAGUCUCCAUACCUAAAGUCCAAAAUGACAUGGAUGGCCCAAGUCAUUGUACAACUACCAACUCAAUGAAUCUGAUCACUACCACCACAAUCAAUCCCAAUGCUGUGGCUCUGGUGACCAAUUUGUCACCUCCUGCAAAUACAGAGCCAUGGCAGAACUCAACUAACAGGCCAAGAAAUGGAGCAGCAGACAAUGAUCCAAAGGAAUGCAACACAUGCUGCGGAUCCUCAGAAACAAACUUGUCUUCUGAAGUUGGUAACUGGCUGGCACUAUCUUCUUUCAAAUCUUCUUCUGCUGAUGAAUCUAACCAUGGUUGA